AUGCAGUCCGGAAUCACAGCCUCCUCCGACCUUCACUCGGCAUUCACCACCUUUACCAGCGACACCUCUCUCUUCUGCCUCCCCGCCGGCAUAACUUCCGAAUCUCUCACGCCUUUGCCGGUAAUCCGCUUUCCUUCCUCCCAUUCCGGCCUCUUCAAUAGCAUCCAUACUCUCUCUGACCUCCUCACACCGACCGAUCCCCUCUACUUACUCCUGCGUCGUGCUCCCAAUUCCAAUGAGCUGAUAGCAAUAACAUACAUUCCUUCACGUGCCCCAGUGCGGCAAAAGACUCUCUUUGCAUCUACACGUACCACGCUCAUGCGCGAACUCGGUUCAGAAAAAUUCUCCGAGACUGUCUUCUUAACCGAGAGGGAAGAGAUACUCGAUCCCGCGCAAUGGGAUGAACGUUCCAAGGGCUCUGCCGCUGCGAGCGGUGGAGUCCCUACUUCCAAUGCCAGGGGAGGUGUUGAUGCCGGGUUACUGAGUGUGGAAGAGAGGGAAUUGCAAGCUGUGAAGCGAGCUGAAGAAGAAGAGAGACAUGGGACACGAGGGAGAGAUUUGAUGGGCGAAGGAGGAAGCGGUGCGGGACAAGGGAAAGGUGGUGUGAUGAUGAAGAUUGCAGACGAAGCCAAGUCUGCGUUGACCGGGUUCAAGAGCACUGACAGUUCGGAAGGCAAUAUGGCAGUGUUCGGGAUUGAUAUCGCUACUGAAGAGAUUCAGCUGUUGUCCACGAAUUCCGGUGUUCUGCCAGGUGCGGUGGCUGGAAAGAUUCCAGGGGAUCGACCGAGUUAUACAUUUUACAAUGCACAGGGUGUGCCGGGAAGUAUAUUCAUUUAUGUAUGUCCCGGCACGAGUAAGAUCAAGGAAAGGAUGAUUCAUGCAAGCUCAAGGCUGGGGAUGACGAAACUCGCUGGGUGGGAAGGCGUCGAGAUUGUGAAGAGGCUGGAGGCUGGGGAUCCAGACGAGUUAGGUGGUGAGAGGUUGGAGCACGAGGUCAAGGCCUUGAUCGCCGCUGUAAGUGUCACCGGUGGAGUUGCUGGUGUAGAAGGCGGCGACAACUCGGCUCCCGAGUCAGGAACGGCAACACCCAGAGGAGGAUUUGCCCGACCAAAAAGGCCAGGGAAGAGGUGA